CACGUCCGGGACUCGCUCUCGUUUGAAAUAAAUCAUUGCACUCCACCUGGUCAGGUGCUUCUAAACUGGCCUCAGACAUUUUAAUUGUUAUAUAAAUGCAUGAUAAUAUCCAUGCAACUAAGACAACAUGGCUUGUCGAUCUCCACUUGGGUAAUAACCCUAGCCCUGAACCUGGCUCCAAAUUUCAAUAAACAAUAAACCAGGAAUUGGCAGCGAACAAGACUGCCGAGCGGUUCGUCUGAACGGCGUCUGGGUUCCCUACGGCGAGGAUCCGCUCUCCGUGUGGUGGUGGCCGGUCACGCCCUCGGAGAAGCUGUUUGUCUCGGGGCCGAAAAUGAAGUCUGAUGUCGUUGCCGAGGCGCCUCAUCGCUGGUACGAACUCCUCAUGGACAGAGAGAACCUCAACAGGGAUAAAGUACUGCCUGACUGCCACUUCACUCUCGCUGGGGAGACGCUGCAGUGCUGAGACGGACUUCCUCUCUGUGUAUGGCAACCGGCCUACCUUCUUUUCAUUCGACUGCACUCAGUAUCCGUGUGCAACACCUUGUCCAAACAACUCAACGGACGAUUGCAACGAAGCGUCAUUGUCAACAGAGUGCUCCAUUCAACGCCUAUAUGGGGUGUAUGUGCCCCUUGACAAAGCUGCCACCAGUGUGUUUUGGUGGCCUGGAUCUGCCGAUACACUGGGCGUAGAAGGACCGACUAUUGACAAGUACCACGCUGUAGGGUCGGUGGAAAACCAGUGGCACCACAUCAUCAUCACAGGCCAUGAAGGGGCGUCGGCAGCUCUUCAGUGUGGCAUCAACAGCGAAAGUCUCAACCUGUCUCUCUCCUGCGCUGAAGACCCGGGCGACGACUACGACCCGGGCGACGACUACGACGAACUCAUCGCGAGCAGGAUGUUCGUGGGAAGUUACCGAGAGCGCGGAAUGGCGCCGUCCUAUUGGGCCUUUGGAUGUGACGUCACUCCUGCCUGGUGCCCGGACAGUACAAAAUGUAUGACUCCAACCAUACGAAAGAAAAAAGAAGUACCUUGGUGGAUGAAGCUGGUAGUAGCUGUGGAGGUUGUCUUUCUAGUCAUAGGUCUCCUGUGGCUGGGGAACGGCAUACUCUUUCAAGUCCGCAGGAAACGGAACCAGAAGACAGUCCAACAGGCAACAGCACCCAAAUGGCAGUAACGAAAAACAAGAGACCAAGUGGUUAUGGAGGGGACGACGAACCUCGCUGUGUGCGCAAAGGCUGCAGCUGAAAUAGUAGUAAUAGUACUCGCGUUAAAAAAAGGAACAAACAAAGCUAAAAUUUGGUACAGGAUUUUAUUUAAAACGAAAGUGUUGUGAUCUCCACCUCGUUCUUAAUGGUUUACACGUAUCUUAAGCCUUUGUCUUGAAGAGUAAUAAGUACUUUCUGACCAUGUUCCUUACGUUUUAUGGUCACUAAAUGAACAAAGAUAUUCAGAAGUAAAAAAAAAAUGUGAAAAUAAAAACAAAUAAAAACUCUGA